AUGCGCUAUCGACCCGAUCGACACUCGCCCCUCCUGGAUCCUUCGAGCCCUUCGGGGGCCCUAUCUGAAGGUCGAGAUUGGUCUAUACACGCUUCCUCCUACGGUCUUCCUGUUGCGACGGCUCAGGCUGCGGCUGCUGUUCUCCCCUCCGCCAUCCCCGAAGAGCUUUUCGCUCGCGAUACCUCCAACCUGGCGACUCUCGCUGUCAAUCCGACUCCGGCCCCUGCGAUGGGGUCGGCUCUGGACUUAUCCACCGCUCAUUCUUUAACAUUAAAUACUCGUCGUCCUGCUGCUCCGACACUCCCCAGCUUUGAGUUGCCUCCGCCACCGUUUACCCUGGCGGCGGCCACCAACGCCAACGCCAACGCCAACAACGCCCAUUACUCCACCAACAUCCCCCAGAAUCAACCCGCUGCCAAGUGGUCGUCCCUCCCCUCCAAUCUGCAUCACAAUCACAAUUUGCCUCCAGCUUCAUCUUCUCAACCUCCCGCCAAUGUGAGUGUGGGCAAUCUGCUGACACCCCCGGCCACAAUCCAGUCUGGCGAGAGCACCGUCUCCCACUCACUUGCCCCAGUCUCUUCGUCUGAACUACCGCCGACCUAUUGGCCUGGUACCCCGUACGGUGCUCAAGGAACGGGUACGGCCGGCACAGGAGGUGUCGCCUCGUGGUCUGGAAUGAACCCGGCCUACGCACAGCGCAACUCCUUCUCGCCGUCUGGGAUGGUGGGUCGUUCGACCAUCGCGAUGGCCCCCGUUUCCGCGGAUGGACUGUCGCAGCCAUUCGAGACUCCCUCGUUGACUUUCCCACAGGCUUUGCCCGCUCCCCCGUCCUCCAUGGCUCUUUAUCAAGCUCAUGGUCACGGCCACGGCCACGCGACUUCGCCCGCCCCGUUGCCAUCCAACGAUCCCUAUGGCACCCCGAAAGGACCCCCGAUGUACGGCCCAUCGGCCCAUAUGCCCAGUCCGCAUCAGACCGGCUUCUCCCCGAUGUAUGGCGCCCCUCCCGCCAUGAGCCCGGCCGGAUUGGGCAUUCAUCCACAGGCGCGCAUGUCCGCGCAAAGUCCCGGCGGCCAACCACCCCUCGCCUAUCCGCGUCAACCAUGGCCCUCCUACUCGCUCCCCGCCAUGAAUGGUCCCGUCAUGACCAAUGUCCAUAGCCCCAACAGCCCCAUGUCGAUGAUGGGUGGCAUGCAACCAGGCUUACUCCCGGGUUUCAACAGCGGACAUGUCGCCAGUGCCCAGCAUCUUUAUGGAGGUCAUCCGCCACCUCAUGGCAUGCCCGCCCCCGCGGCCGAUCGUCCGUUCAAAUGCGACCAAUGCCCGCAGAGUUUCAAUCGAAAUCAUGAUCUGAAGCGGCAUAAGCGAAUCCAUCUGGCCGUGAAACCCUUCCCAUGCUCGCACUGCGAUAAGAGUUUCUCCAGAAAGGAUGCCCUCAAGAGGCACAUUCUGGUCAAGGGCUGCGGCAAGGACGGCGAUUCGGAUUCGACCAACCACAACGCCGAUCUCAAAGGAGAAGGCCGUAGUGAAGACGGCAGCCCCGUCCUCAAUGGACGAGUCUAG